UGUCCAAGGCCGCUGGUGGCCACGCCAUGUGAAAGCUUCUGAGUCCCAUCCGGGCAGAUGGCGUCCCCCCCGGUCCUUCAUUAAUUAUCGUACAGCAGAACCUGGCCACUUCCCACUCUAAUGCCCCAUCUUCGGCCAAGAAACCUAUCAAUUUGCUAUUUGGAAACAAUUAGCCCGGUUCACGGCCUCUGCAGCAUCAAUUAAUGUGGACGUGAACAUAAAUUACAGGGAAGCAGGGAUCGGCCCUGGGGGAUGAGGUCACAACAACCAUAAACCUCUGGCUCAGAUGAGAUUCCCCAGAAAGAGGCAGACAGCAGGGUCCUUCACUCUUCAAUCACCAGGUGAGGACUUGAGCUCAGAAGUUAGCUAACUUGCCCCAAAUCAGAGGAGCUGCUGGAAUCUAAACCAUGUUUUCAUCGUUGGCGUCUCACUCUGCAAAGCUCAGGAAGCCCCUGAUCUGAUCUGCUUCUAUUGGGCUGGCGAUCCACAUCUAGCAUGCAUCACCUCUAGACACAGCUACGUGCGUCCCCCAGACACUUCUUCCCAGUCCACCCGACCUGCUGCUUGGGGACACUCCCCACCGCUUCUCCUGACGUCUGCCUGAUCACUCAUCACUUCCUUGGAGAACAAGGAGGGAGCAGACGCAUGAAAUCAUGCCACCAAUGUCCCGACAGCAAUGAGGGGGUGACGCCACUUGACGUCACAGGCACAGAGGACCCGGACCCCAGGCAGCCAGCUCUCGAGACUCUCGCAGCUCCUGCAGCGCCUUCUCUCGGCACAGCCUGAAGCCUGGCUCCUCCAGGGGACGUCGCCUUGGCUUGACAUAUUCUGAGGUCUCCAGCCUCUUGGACACAGGACGCCAUGGAGAAUCACAUGUUCACGGUACAGCAGAUCCAACCCAAUGUCAUUUCUGUCCGCCUCUUCAAGCGCAAAGUGGGGGGCCUGGGCUUCUUGGUGAAGGAGCGGGUGAACAAGCCCCCUGUGAUCAUCUCUGACCUGAUUCGAGGGGGUGCCGCAGAGCAGAGCGGCCUCAUCCAGGCUGGGGACAUCAUUCUCGCGGUCAACGGCCAGCCCUUGGUGGAUCUGAGCUAUGACAGCGCCCUGGAGGUCCUCAGGGGCAUUGCCUCCGAGACCCAUGUGGUCCUCAUCCUGAGGGGCCCCGAGGGCUUCACCACGCAUCUAGAGACUACCUUUACUGGGGACGGGACCCCCAAAACCAUCCGGGUGACACGGCCCCUGGGUCCACCCCCCACUGCUGUCGAUCUGACCCACCAGCCGUCAGCCAGCAAAGAGCAGCCACUGGCAGGGGACAGGGCUACGGGUCCCGGAGGGCCGCCGCCUGCCUCAGACAAUGGGCCGGAAGCUGGCCUGCUCGCCCACACUAACGGCCUGGCUCCCAGGCACCCAAGCCAGAACCCUGCCAAGAAAGGUGCCGGGGUGGGCCCCCAGGGCAGCGGGGAGAACAAUGAACUGCUCAGAGAGAUAGAGCCAGUGCUGAGCCUGCUCACCAGUGGGGCCAAAGGACUCAAUGGCGGAGCAGCUGCCAAGGCACAGACGAAAGAUGCAGAAGUCCAGGUGGACAGAGAUCUGAUGGAUGGCAAGUCACACAAGCCACUGCCUCUCGGUGUAGAGAAUGACCGAGUCUUCAGUGACCUAUGGGGGAAGGGCAACGUGCCUGUGGUCCUCAACAACCCGUAUUCAGAGAAGGAGCAGCCCCCUGCCUCGGGAAAACAGUCCCCCACAAAGAAUGGCAGUCCCUCCAAGUGCCCCCGCUUUCUCAAGGUCAAGAACUGGGAGACAGAUGUGGUUCUCACCGACACCCUCCACCUUAAGAGUACGUUGGAAUCAGGAUGCACUGAGCACAUCUGCAUGGGCUCCAUCAUGCUUCCUUCCCAGCAAGUACGAAGACCUGAAGACGUCCGCACAAAAGAACAACUCUUCCCUCUCGCCAAGGAGUUUAUUGAUCAGUACUACUCAUCAAUUAAAAGAUUUGGCUCCAAAGCCCACAUGGAAAGACUGGAAGAGGUGAACAAAGAGAUCGAAACCAACAGCACCUAUCAGCUCAAGGACACAGAGCUCAUCUAUGGGGCCAAGCACGCCUGGCGGAAUGCCUCCCGCUGCGUCGGCAGGAUCCAGUGGUCUAAGCUCCAGGUGUUCGAUGCCCGUGACUGCACCACGGCUCAUGGGAUGUUCAACUACAUCUGCAACCACAUCAAGUACGCCACCAACAAAGGGAACCUCAGGUCAGCCAUCACCAUAUUUCCCCAGAGGACCGAUGGCAAGCAUGACUUCCGCGUCUGGAACUCCCAGCUCAUCCGCUAUGCCGGCUACAAGCAGCCGGACAGUUCCAUCCUGGGAGACCCAGCCAGUGUGGAGUUCACAGAGAUCUGUAUGCAGCAGGGCUGGAAACCCCCGAGAGGCCGCUUUGAUGUCCUGCCACUCCUGCUCCAGGCCAAUGGCAAUGACCCUGAGCUCUUCCAGAUUCCUCCAGAGCUGGUGUUGGAAGUGCCCAUCAGACACCCCAAGUUUGAGUGGUUCAAGGACCUGGGGCUGAAGUGGUAUGGCCUCCCUGCUGUGUCCAACAUGCUCCUGGAGAUCGGCGGCCUAGAGUUCAGUGCCUGUCCCUUCAGCGGAUGGUACAUGGGCACAGAGAUCGGCGUCCGAGACUACUGUGACAACUCGAGAUACAACAUCCUGGAGGAAGUGGCCAAGAAGAUGAACUUGGACAUGAGGAAGACCUCUUCCCUGUGGAAGGACCAGGCGCUGGUGGAGAUCAACAUUGCUGUUCUCUACAGCUUCCAGAGUGACAAGGUGACCAUCGUGGACCACCACUCGGCCACCGAGUCCUUCAUUAAGCACAUGGAGAACGAGUUCCGCUGCCGGGGGGGCUGCCCCGCUGACUGGGUGUGGAUCGUGCCCCCCAUGUCUGGCAGCAUCACCCCGGUCUUCCACCAGGAGAUGCUCAACUACCGGCUCACCCCCUCCUUCGAAUACCAGCCUGACCCCUGGAACACCCACGUCUGGAAAGGCACUAACGGGACCCCCACAAAGCGGCGAGCCAUCGGCUUCAAGAAACUGGCAGAAGCUGUCAAGUUUUCUGCCAAGCUGAUGGGACAGGCAAUGGCCAAGAGGGUCAAGGCUACAAUCCUUUAUGCUACAGAGACAGGCAAGUCACAAGCCUAUGCCAAAACCUUGUGUGAAAUCUUCAAACACGCCUUUGAUGCCAAGGUGAUGUCCAUGGAAGAAUAUGACAUCGUGCACCUGGAACAUGAAACUUUGGUCCUAGUGGUUACCAGCACCUUUGGCAAUGGAGACCCCCCCGAGAACGGGGAGAAAUUCGGCUGUGCUCUGAUGGAGAUGAGACACCCCAACUCCAUGCAUGAGGAAAGGAAGUACCCGGAACGCUUGCGUUUCUUUCCCCGUAAAGGGCCUCCCCUCCCCCGAGGUGACACAGGAGUGCCUGGUCUGGCUACAGUUCGUGACAGCCAGCACAGGAGCUACAAGGUCCGGUUCAAUAGCGUCUCCUCGUAUUCCGACUCCCGAAAAUCAUCAGGUGAUGGACCUGACCUCAGAGACAACUUUGAGAGUGCCGGCCCCCUGGCCAAUGUGAGGUUCUCAGUGUUUGGUCUUGGCUCACGGGCAUAUCCUCACUUCUGCGCCUUUGGACAUGCCGUGGACACUCUCCUGGAAGAGCUGGGAGGAGAGAGGAUCCUGAAGAUGAGGGAGGGGGAUGAGCUCUGUGGGCAAGAAGAGGCUUUCAGGACCUGGGCCAAGAAGGUCUUCAAGGCAGCCUGUGAUGUGUUCUGCGUGGGAGACGAUGUCAAUAUUGAAAAAGCGAACAAUUCCCUCAUCAGCAAUGACCGCAGCUGGAAGAGGAACAAGUUCCGCCUCACCUAUGUGGCCGAAGCUCCAGAACUUACACAAGGUCUGUCCAAUGUCCACAAAAAGCGAGUCUCAGCCGCUCGACUCCUCAGCCGUCAAAACCUUCAGAGCCCUAACUCCAGCCGGUCCACCAUCUUCGUGCGUCUCCACACCAAUGGGAAUCAGGAGCUGCUGUACCAGCCGGGGGACCACCUGGGCGUCUUCCCCGGCAACCACGAGGACCUGGUGAAUGCCCUGAUCGAGCGGCUGGAGGACGCACCCCCUGUCAACCAGCUGGUGAAAGUGGAGCUGCUGGAGGAGCGGAACACGGCUUUGGGAGUAAUCAGUAACUGGACGGAUGAGCACCGCCUCCCUCCCUGCACCAUCUUCCAGGCCUUCAAGUACUACCUAGACAUCACCACACCGCCAACGCCCCUGCAGCUGCAGCAGUUUGCCUCCCUGGCCACCAGCGAGAAAGAGAAGCAGCGUCUACUGGUCCUUAGCAAGGGUUUGCAGGAGUACGAGGAAUGGAAAUGGGGCAAGAACCCCACCAUCGUGGAGGUGCUGGAGGAGUUCCCAUCCAUCCAGAUGCCUGCCACACUGCUGCUGACCCAGCUGUCCCUGCUGCAACCUCGCUACUAUUCCAUCAGCUCCUCCCCAGACAUGUACCCCGACGAGGUGCACCUGACCGUGGCCAUUGUCUCCUACCGCACCGGAGAUGGAGAAGGACCAGUCCACCACGGCGUGUGCUCCUCCUGGCUCAACCGCAUCCAGGCUGACGAGGGUGUACCCUGCUUCGUGCGAGGAGCGCCCAGCUUCCGUCUGCCCCGAAACCCCCAAGUGCCGUGCAUCCUGGUUGGCCCGGGUACUGGCAUUGCCCCUUUCCGAAGCUUCUGGCAGCAGCGGCAAUUUGAUAUCCAACACAAAGGACUGAGCCCCUGCCCCAUGGUCCUGGUGUUCGGGUGCCGGCAGUCCAAGAUAGACCACAUCUACCGCGAGGAGACCCUGCAGGCCAAGAACAAGGGGGUCUUCAGAGAGCUGUACACGGCCUACUCCAGGGAGCCGGACAAACCAAAGAAGUACGUGCAAGACAUCCUGCAGGAGCAGCUGGCAGAGCCCGUGUACCGAGCCCUGAAGGAGCAAGGGGGCCACAUCUACGUGUGCGGGGAUGUCACCAUGGCCGCCGACGUCCUCAAAGCCGUCCAGCACAUCAUGGCUCAGCAGGGGAAGCUCUCGGCUGAGGACGCAGGAGUGUUCAUCAGCAGGCUGAGGGAUGACAACCGGUACCAUGAGGAUAUUUUCGGCGUCACCCUGCGCACCUAUGAAGUGACCAACCGCCUUAGAUCUGAAUCCAUUGCCUUCAUCGAAGAGAGCAAAAAGGACACUGACGAGGUUUUCAGCUCCUAACCGGACGCCCUCGCCCAGCGGCUGGC